AGGGGGGCGACGCCAUUUCAUUGAGGAAUGACAACCUUGAUGUCUACAUCGAGCCUCUCUUCAACAUCAACCGGGUUCAAUUUCUUCGACAACAAUAAUUUGCGAGGAAGUUGGGCAUCUAUUCCACCUGCAUGUCUUUCCUCAGGUCCGGGGAAAAUCAAGAGACGUUUAUGUGUAUGCUUAGCGGUGAAGAACCAGUCACCUGUAGAAACAAGAAAGAAGAGUGAGGGGAAGAUUGUGCACAGGAAGGGAUAUGGUGGUCAUGUUCUGAGCGAAGGCAGAGAUGAGGAUGAGAAAUAUGGGCCGAUUUGCCCGGGUUGUGGGGUCUUUAUGCAAGAUAAGGACCCCAAUCUUCCCGGGUAUUACAAGAAGAGAGAGGAGGUCACUGAGAGGGGAGCUUUGGGGGAUGAAGAGGGUGUGGAAGAUGAUGACCUUGGGGAGCUUGAGGAAGCAGAGGUAGAGGAAGAAGAUGAAGAGUUCUUGAACGAGUUAGAAGAUGAAUUCGAGGAAGGUGGCGAGCUGAGUGAAGGAGAUGAGAAGUUCGAGUGGGAGUCUGAUGAGUGGGAGAAGGAGUUCCUGGGGGAAGAUGAUGAUUUGGAAGAGCUGGAUGCUUUCGCCCCAGCAGGAGUCGGUUAUGGUAAUAUUACUGAGGAGAAUGUUAAGGAUAAAAUGAGGAUUAAAUUGCCAAAGGCGGAAAGAAAGAGAUUAGCUCGGGAGGCUCAAAAGGAGAAGGAAAAAGUCACAGUUUGUGCUCGGUGCCAUUCGCUUAGGAACUAUGGCCGGGUGAAGAACCAAGCAGCUGAAAAUCUGAUACCUGACUUCGAUUUCGACAGGCUGAUCACGACCCGGAUGAUGAAACCUACUGGGAAUGCCAAUUCAACCAUCAUUGUCAUGGUGGUCGAUUGCGUGGACUUUGAUGGCUCGUUCCCGAAAAGAGUGGUGAACAGCUUGUCUAAGGCACUAGAGGGAGUGAAGAACGAUCCGAAGCUUAGCAAGAAAUUACCCAAGCUUGUUCUAGUGGCUACGAAAGUCGAUCUGCUUCCUUCUCAGAUAUCGCCAGCUAGGUUAGAUAGAUGGGUCCGACACAGGGCUAAAGCAGCAGGAGUGCCUAAGCUAAGUGGAGUCUACUUGGUCAGUGCUCAGAAGGAUUUGGGAGUAAGGAACUUGCUGUCAUUCAUCAAGGAGUUGGCUGGUCCUCGAGGGAAUGUGUGGGUAAUAGGGGCCCAGAAUGCAGGGAAGUCCACUCUGAUAAAUGCUAUGGGGAAGAAGGGAGGAGCAAAAAUGUCGAAGCUUACAGAAGCUCCCAUUCCAGGGACUACAUUGGGGAUAUUGAGAAUUGGAGGGAUUUUGUCAGCGAAGGCAAAGAUGUAUGACACACCUGGCCUUCUACACCCAUACUUACUGUCAGUGAGAUUGAACAGAGAUGAACAGAAAACGGUUGAAAUACGGAAAGAGCUAAAAUCUCGGACUUACAGGAUGAAGGUCGGGCAGGCCGUCCAUGUUGGUGGUUUGGUGAGACUAGACCUUAAUGAAGCUUCCAUAGAAACUAUCUAUGUCACAGUCUUGGCAUCCCCAAAUGUCUCUCUUCAUCUGGGUAAAAUUGAAAAUGCCGAUGAGAUCUGGAGAAACCAUGUCGGAAUGAGGCUCCAGCCUCCCAUGGGACAAGAAAGAGCCUCGGAGUUAGGCGAAUGGGAAGCGAAGGAAAUCAAAGUGUCCGGAACCAGCUGGGAUGUGAAUAGUGUUGAUAUUGCAGUAGCUGGGUUGGGCUGGUUCUCCUUGGGUCUCAAAGGCGAGGCGACCCUCACUUUGUGGACAUUCAGCGGAAUCGAGAUCACGGAGAGGGAGCCCUUAGUCCUUGAUCGGGCAGCCUUUCUUGAGAGACCCGGGUUUUGGCUCCCAAAAGCCAUAUCAGAUGCCAUUGGCAACCAAACUAAGCAAGAAGCUCGGAGCAAGAAGAAAAUUGAAGAGGAGAGAGAUUAUCUGAUUUCUGAGAUCUCUCUCUGAAGCAGGGCCGGAUGUUGACCUAGAAAAGCCAAGAAGAGAUGAGCAUCAUGAACCAAGCUCCUAGAGAGUGGUACAUGGUGGUAGCUAUUUCUGGUGAGUUAGCUGCUACAAGUUCCAGCGGCGGUUACGGGGAUUAAAGCUAGUAAUGUAGGAAUGUGGAUGUAUAAGUAGCAUAGAAGCAAGAUUUUGACGGCCUAGCAACUCUCUGCAAUCGAAAUGAUUAAGACCAGUUUAUCAUUUGUAACAUCAUGGAGCGGAACAUAUAUCUUCAGAAAAAACAAGUUCGGAAAAAAGAAAAAUGAUCCAAAGAGGGUAGUAUUGUUGCAA